CACCUCUGUGCUGUGUUGCAGGUUUCCUUCCACGUGAGUCCCUGAGGCUGCCAGCUCCACACUGCGCUGCAGAAGUGCCCUCCUGCUCCGGGUGUCAGCAGCCGAGGCCCCUCCAAACCUGCUUCUGCAAUGGGUGGGUUGUAAGCACUGGUAAUGAGGAGCUGUGGGUCCAGUCAGUCUUGGAGAUGCCGAAGAGACGAGACAUCCUGGCUAUCGUGCUGAUAGUUCUGCCCUGGACACUGCUAAUCACCGUCUGGCACCAGAGCACCAUUGCUCCACUGCUUGCAGUGCACAAGGAUGAUGGUGGUGACUCCCAGCGUGAUCUCGCUGCAGGCUUGGACUCCAAGGAAUACUGCCUGUCGGAGCGGGACAUAGUGGAGGUGGUGAGGACAGAGUAUGUUUACACCCGCCCGCCCCCGUGGUCAGACACCCUCCCCACCAUCCACGUCGUCACCCCCACCUACAGCCGGCCCGUGCAGAAGGCAGAGCUGACCCGCCUGGCCAACACCCUCCUGCACGUCCCCAACCUGCACUGGAUCCUGGUGGAGGACUCCCAGCGCCGCACGCCCCUCAUCACCCGCCUGCUGCGGGACACGGGGCUCAACUACACCCACCUCAACGUGGAGACCCCGCGCAACUACAAGCUGCGGGGGGACAUGCGGGACCCCCGCAUCCCCCGCGGGACCAUGCAGAGGAACCUCGCCCUGAGGUGGCUCAGGGAGACCUUCAACAAGAACAGCAGCCAGCCCGGCAUCGUGUACUUCGCCGACGACGACAACACCUACAGCCUGGAGCUCUUUGAGGAGAUGCGCAGCACCAGGAAGGUGUCGGUGUGGCCGGUGGCCUUUGUUGGAGGGCUGCGCUACGAGUCGCCCCGCGUGAACGCCGCCGGCAAGGUCUAUGGCUGGAAGACGGUGUUCGACCCGCACCGCCCCUUCGCUAUAGACAUGGCCGGCUUCGCUGUGAACCUCAGGCUCAUCCUCCACAGACCUCAGGCGUACUUCAAGCUGCGGGGAGUCAAGGGGGGCUACCAGGAGAGCAGCCUGCUCCGGGAGCUCGUCACCCUCAACGACCUGGAGCCCAAAGCUGCCAACUGCACCAAGAUCCUGGUCUGGCACACGAGGACAGAGAAGCCGGUGCUGGUGAAUGAGGGGAAGAAAGGAUUCACAGAUCCCAACGUGGAAAUCUGACUGCGUGGCUGAACGGAGACCAACGGGAGAUCUCUUCAUGCACAGCCUGCAAAGCUCCUCUCUACAGCAUCCAAGCAGCCAGACGCGCAGUAGCCAGGACCUCUGCUGACUUCCAGGAGUUCUUAGUGUACUGCAAACAAGCACCACUGCAUCCAUGAACUGCCCAGGUUCCCCUGCCCUUCCUCCUGGACUCUGAGAACAACCAGACGCUGGAGGUGGAGAAAAAGCACAGAAAACACAGGACUGCCAUCAUCUUUGGUACCAGAGCAACUGCCUUGCGAGAGGAGAUGCUCGGUUCGGGAGCAGUGGAUGCAGGGCAGGAGGCACUGAGGCCGUGGCACCGUUGCGAUGGUGGGUUAGACCGAAGGGGCUGUUCCACAGGACCUGAAGGCGAGGGUGAGGAUGGCCACAGGAGCAUGCUGGCCCCUGGUGACUUGUUUCUGAGACACGUGUACCUUGUGGCUGUGCGUGCCUAAGAGCUCCCUGCUCGUGGAGGGGACAGCCGCCUUCUGAGAUGGCACCUUAGCCCUUCCUUCGAAACCUACUUCAAUCAGUGUUCAUUACAAGACAGGAAGGGUUUGAGGGAGGCUGAAAGGCAAGGCGGGUUAGAACAGGCCCAAGAAAUAUCUCUGUUCUCUUUGUAUUCCCUCUCCUUUCCCUUCAUUAGUUUCACGGUUUGGGGGGCACUGAUGUACCUCUGUGUUCAUAGAAUGGUUUGGGUUGGAAGGGACCUUAGAGCUCACCCAGUCCCAAGCCCUGCCACGGGCAGGGACCCCUUCCACUAGAGCAGCUUGCUCCAAGCCCCUGUGUCCAACCUGGCCUUGAACACUGCCAGGGAUGGGGCAGCCACAGCUUCUCUGGGCACCCUGUGCCAGCGCCUCAGCACCCUCAUUGUUAAAGAAAUUCUUCCUUUUAUCU